CACAAACUAAGUUUGAGAUCAAAACAUGGUUAACGGAAAAACACAGGGAGCGGUGCCGAAAGUGGCAGUGGUGGUGAGUUUGUUGAAAGGGAAGACGGUGAUGUUGGGGCGCCGCCGUUCCUCUCUUGGCGACUCCACUUUUUCCUUCCCUGGUGGCCACCUCGAAUUCGGAGAGAGCUUUGGGGAGUGUGCUGCAAGAGAAGUGAAGGAAGAAACUGGGCUGGACAUCGAGAAGAUAGAGGUGCUGAAGGUCACAAACAACAUAUUCGAAGACAAAGGCAAGCUGUACCACUACGUAGGGAUUUAUGUGCGAGCAAUGUUGGCAAGUCCAGAUCAAGAGCCCGAGAAUGUGGAGCCAGACAUGUGCGAUGGUUGGGGUUGGUAUGAGUGGGAUAAUCUACCCAAACCACUCUUUCGCCCUUUGCAGAAUGCGGUGGAUUCCGGAUUUAAUCCUUUUCAUGCAUUAUAAGUACUCUGUCCACAAAAUUUGUACCAUUAAUUUGAUUACCUCAAUAAAAAUGUUUUCUCAUGUUUGAGAAUUGAGAA